GCCAACAAAACAAAUUGUCGAACAACCCAAGAAACAACUUCAACAUUGAAACAUCAUCUCCUCCAAGACUACACGCUUUUACAUAUACUGUCAAACAAAACUUCUUCAAUUUUAGCAAAUUUUUCAGACUAUAUAUAUACACGUUGUAAUGGCAGAGAAUCUCAUCGGAGGUGCCGCUUUGGGACAAGCAUUCAGAAUGUUAUCCGAAUCAAUGAUACAAGCUAGCAAUACUUCUAUCUGUUACGAUUCCAACUUUCAACGAUUAAAUUCGACUUUACUGUCAAUUAAGCCUGUACUUGAAGAUAUUGAGAGACUGAACAAAGCAUUGGAAGGAAGAGAAUCAGAGAUUGAGAUAUUCAAGAAGCGGUUGGAGGAAGGUGAGAAACUUGUUAGUAAAAGCGUGAAAAUCAAACGUUACAAUGUGUGUAAAAGAUGGUACUAUUCUAAGAAAUUGGCGGAUCUUGAAAAAUCUACAAUGAAGUUCUUUGAAGUUCAUGGCUUAAUGCAAACAUUAAGAGACCGGAAACAGAUACUUGUUGCCCUUAAAGAAGAAGGCGAGAAAUUGGAUGAGAUUUACAAGAUUUUGAAGAAUAUGAAGCUUGAUAAAAGCCGAGUGAUCUCUACCAGAUAAAGUGAAUUCUGAAGAGA